UCCUGUAUGCGGCAAAAAUCACAAUGCAGCUCUAUUAUUAACAGAAAAUACAAUGUUAUCAGCUGAGAACGAAGUUUAAUUAGAGCUGGUGUACAUCUAUCCUGUAUUGCACUGACUUAGCAGGUUUAUAAUAAUCAUGGAAAAAUUUGUUGUUCGUGUUCCGAAGUCAGACUGGAUGAAGCAGGAACCAAAACAAGAGAGGAGUUACAAACAAGCAACAUUAGAGUCCCUACGAAGAGUGGUCGUGAUUGAAGACAUUGAAAGGUACAAGUCGAUACUUGAACUACCUGGCCAACCUAAAGAUAACAUGAUAGAUGCAUUGAGAGAGCUAGACAAGAAAGUUCCUUCGAAAGAAGUGCUGAAGACUACCAGAAUUGGACACACUGUCAACAACCUGCGUAAACACUCUGAAGAUCCUGAAAUCAAGUCACUUGCAGGGGAGGUUUACACACACUGGAGGACCUUUAUUGAGGAGCAUGCAAACAAACCCUCCAUAGAAGUUCGCUGUGACAAACAGACUGAAGGUUUACGAAACAAUGCUGUGAAGUUGCUCUCUGAAGCCUCUGGGUUGAAGGUGCAGCAUGGUCUGGUGGAGAACAUUGAGAGGGAGGUGUUCUACCAAAGCUCUCGGCUUGUUAGUGGAGCAUACAGAAGAACUGUGAGGGCUCUUGUCUUUGCUUUAAAACAUAAGCCUGAAUUGAGAGCACAGGUCAAGGAUGGCAAAUUACCAGUCAAUACAUUUGUGAGUAAUUACAAAAAGAAACAAUAAAAAAAAAAGAGAAUAAUUCAGGCCUAGGACCAAAACAAAUCAAUUUUAAACUAUAUAUACUGUGUCUUUAUUUUUUUAUAUCCUAUUUUGUGUGGAUCACUUUAAAUUUUUUUGUAAAAAUUUUUUCAGCAGUGUGAAUUACUCAUUGAAUUGUAAAUGUUUUUAACCUUAAAAUAAUGUUCUUAAAUAUAUUUGCCAACUCAAUUGUCAGAA